UGCCUUCUGAGAUGAGUUAUAGCCAUCUGCCGGAUUACAGCCAGUACGCAGCCAGUGAGAGCUUUAUUCUGUUUGAAUGAGGAAAACAUCGCGUCUGGCUGCCUGAAAGCUCUCACAUGGGGCCAAGGAAGGGGAAAAAUCGCUUCCUGAAAUGAUCCUCGUCACUAGCUGCUGUAUUGUUUGUUUGUUUUCCUCUCGAACGUAACAUCGCAUCGCGGGUUUUUUUUUUAAUUUAGCCUAUCUCGGAUCUUUUCAGGGUGUCGAUGAUGAUCAGCAAAGUUAAAAACGCGAUGUCCACUCUGGUGGGAGGGAUGAUGCCGCACGGACACCACCACCACCACAACCAUCACUCAGGUGGCGGCCAGACCUGCGGACCGGACAGCCUGCCGCCGCGCUUCCCCUACGGCCGGCCGGAUUUCUUGGACCUCACCCCGGAGCUCCUGCAGUACUCCACCGAGCACGCAUCGCGGCCGGUGCUCUCGUUAAAGAGAGACAGCAGGCUUCCGUGGCGGACGGGAUACGCAGAGGUGAUCAAUGCGGGGAAGAGCAUGCUGAAUGAGGACCAGGGCUCUUGUGAGAAGCUGUUCAUCAAGAAGCCGAGCGGCAAACACCGCAACUCUUCUAUGCUGGAGGACAACGGGGAUGGAACAGGAAUCCCCAUGCACUUCUGGGGCGUGUUUGACGGACAUGCAGGUUCUGGAGCCGCCAUCAUGGCCUCCAAGCUCCUUCACCGCCUCAUCAGAGACCGUUUGGGAGAAAUCUGCCACCUGCUGGAGAACCCCAGCAGCGCUCCUCCCAUCUGCCUGGCCAAGAACGGCAGCCCGUACCAGGCGGACACCAAGAAGGGGGCUGAAAAGGACAAUGAGGAUCCAGACGCCGUCACCGACUCCUCGGUGCGCUUUCACAUGGAGAAGGUUGUCAGUUUGGAGAGCCUGGUGAUGGGAGUCAUAGAGACCGCCUUCUCACAGAUGGAUGACCUAAUUGAAAAGGAGAAAACAUCCUAUGCCAUCUCUGGUGGGUGUUGUGCCUUAGCUGCCAUGCAUUUAAUGGGGAAGCUCUACGUGGCCAAUGCUGGAGAUAGCAGGGCCAUAAUCAUACGAAAUAAUGAAGUUAUUCCCAUGACGAAUGAAUUCACACCUGAGUCAGAGAGGCAGCGGCUACAGUAUCUGGGCUUCCUGAGGCCGGAGCUCCUGGGUAAUGAGUUCACUCACAUUGAGUUCCCUCGUAGGAUCCAGCACAGCGAGCUGGGGAAGAAGAUGCUCUACAGAGACCACACCAUGACUGGAUGGGCCUAUAAGACGAUCGUUGAGGAUGAUCUGAAGUUCCCUCUGAUAUAUGGAGAGGGGAAAAAGGCACGUGUCAUGGCAACAAUCGGAGUGACCCGUGGGCUGGGAGAUCAUGACCUGAAGGUGUACAACUCCAACAUUUACAUCAAGCCCUUCCUGUCCUGCGUCCCUGAGGUGAAGGUCUAUAACGCGGAUGAACACAAACACGGCCCAGACGACGUCUUGGUCAUGGGAACAGAUGGAUUGUGGGACGUAACGACGGACAGGGAAGUGGCAGAUGCUGUGUCAGCUUACUUAUCCUGCUGCGACCCCUCUGAUCCCAUGAGGUACACUCUGGCCGCCCAGGACUUGCUGAUGAGGUCACGAGGCGUGCUGAAGGAGCGCGGCUGGCGGUUACCCAACGAGAGACUGGGCUCGGGCGAUGACAUCACCGUGUUUGUCAUCCCGCUGGCCGGGCAGGAGUCAGAGACAUGACAAGGCGUCGCAGCGACCGCUGUGACGCUUUAGGGUCCUCUCCACGGUCCCUCCAGCCUCCCUAAAGCCCCGGACGGACCGGACGGGGCAGCGGGAGAAGAAAACACCUUUAUCAUCGGGAAGCCUCGGGCCUGAGCAGCACCUUCAUCAACCCAGACUGGACCCAGACUUCAACCCAACCCAGGAAACCCCAUAUCAUCCAGCUGGUCUCAGUAACAAAAUAUCUCCAGUGACAUUAUAAGAGAAGUCACACUCGUCCUCCCAGACCUGCUGUUUGUGACGGUUGCCAGUGAGAAUUAAACCCCCCGUAGUGUUUUCUGUUUCCUGUUUAUGUUCAAGACUGGACCGCGACUCAAUCCUUUGGAUGGAUUCUUCAUUUUCAUGUCAUGCCCUGAAUGUGACUCCUUUUGUACAAAAAAAAAAAAGAAGAAAAAAGAAUAAGGCCUCUUGCAGUUUCACAAUCAUAUAAUUUAGAGCUGAUUGCAGUAAAGAAUGUGAGGAAACCAAAGAUGCUGUUAUGGCAUAAGGAUGGGAUCUGUACAAUUAAAUAAAAACAUAAAAGACUGAGAGAAAAAAAAUCCUUAGAUUCAUGUCUGUACAUUAAAAGAUGCAUGUGGGAAGUUAAUUAAAAAAACAGUGGAAUGGACCUUUUUUUAGCACUGGACUCAAACAGAAUCAGUCUGUUCUGAUUUACUUCCUGUGUUAAUAACGAACGAAUGAAUGACGACACGAAAAGCACUUAAAGACUGUUGCACACGCUCUGUGGUAGCCUGUUGAUUUGUGAUUCACUGAAUGUGCUCAUAUAUAUAUAUAUAUAUAUAUAUAUAUAUAUAUACAGAUGCAUCUCAAUAAAUUGAAUUGUGAUGGAAAAGUCAGUUUCUAGUAGUUCAAGUCAAAUAGCACCAACCAAAUAUUGAGUCAUAUAGAUGGACAUACUUUUCAGAGACCAACAUUUCCAUAUUGAACAUACUUUUUAAAAUUGGUCUUUUGUAAUAUCCAAAUUUUUAAACACUGAAUUUUAGGUCUUUAUUAAAUGUAAUUAUAAUCAUAAUUAGAAGAAAUUAAAUGAAUUAAGACAUGCAAUGUUUUAUACUGUGUGUAAUGGAUCUAUAAAAUGUGUUAUUUUCACUUUUGGAAUUGAAUUACUGACAUAAA